AUGCCCAAGAAAUUGGCUCAGUUCUUUGCGAGGAAGAAGGAAGAAGCAAAAUUCAAGCUCGCUGGUCCGGGAAGGAAACUCAAUGCCACUGAUCCACAGCCAACGACGUCCCAGAAGAAGACCGGAAAGGAGGUUUAUGUGAAGCCAGCGAGAAAGGAACUGGGACAAGAAGCCAGGAAUGCAGCUGCAGCUGCCAUGGCGAGGUGCACCAAAAAAGACACGAAGGAAUUCAACACGUCCUUGGCAGCCAUUCAGGCGCAAGUGCGACGGGAGUUGGAGGCUGAACGUCGAGCGAAAGAGGAGAGCGCAAAGGCGCCGCAGAGUGAGGCGAUUCCGGACGAAAGGAGGAAUCUGGCUGUGCAGGGAGUUUACUUCAGGUGCCCACUGGUCAGUGAUGAAGUUCUCCCAAAAAGUGAAUGGAGAACAAAGAUUAAGGAAUUCCUCUACGAUCAAUUGAACAAUGAAGACAGCGGACUCUCUGCCUGUCUCAUCAUUCACAAUUGCAACACAAAGGACAAGGCUGAUGCCUGCGUAGAGACACUGACCAAGUAUCUGGAGAAUAUUAUAAAUCAUCCGGAUGAGGAGAAGUAUAUGAAAAUUCGCAUGUCCAAUCGCAUUUUCAGCGAGAAAGUGCGUCAUGUAGAGGGGGCUCUUGAGUUUCUCCAUGCAGCUGGAUUCGAGGAACAGACAAUAGACGGUGAGACGUUUAUGGUGUUCUUCUCGAAGGGCCAAGAUGGCACGGAGCAACUUCAGGUGCUGCUGGAUGCUCUGAUGUGUGCUGAGAAGAUCAAUUUGGAGAUUGAUCGAAAUAUUCAGGUGCUGUUGCCGUCUCAGGCCAAAAAGAAUGAACUGCCGCAGGAUUUCUUUCGCAUAAGCUUGGAAGAGCUGAAGCGAGAGCAACAACUGAAAACCGAAGCCCUAGAGAGUUCACUCGUUCUCAAGACCAAAGUCAUGCGAGAGAGGGAAGAACUCAGGAUUAUUAAUCGCUACAGGUAUACCCUUAUUCGUGUUCGAUUUCCCGAUGGCGUUUAUUUGCAGGGCACAUUCAAUGUGUAUGAAAAGUUCUUGCAAGUUCAUGAAUUUGUGCAGUCUUGCAUGAAGCACGAGAGUGCAGAAUUUCAUUUGGUGGGUCCAACGGGACACAAGUUCGAAGAAGAUGACUUUGAGAAGUCUCUGUACGAUUUGAGACUUGUCCCAAAUAUUUUGCUGAUCUUUUCCUACGAUGAUCCAGAGUUGGUUCCUCCUGGAAAUUACAUCAAGGAGGAACUUUUGAUGUUAAUCCAGCCACUAUAAUUAUGUGUAAUUAUUAUAUUUCUGUUUUAAUUAUAUUUAUCUCUAUUCAGUUAUGAAUUUAAACAUUUAAAAAGAAAUAAAAGUCUAUUUAAAGCAACAGAAA